CUUCUACUGCGCAUAGCAAACUCAUUCUUCAAAUCGCUCGCGCACUCUCAUUCACUACAUCUCCAUCGAUAUCUCUGUGUAUAUCAAAUCAAUAUUCAGCCACGCACCAACUAAUCGACGUGCCUUGACAGAUCUGUCACUGCCCCCCUUUCCCGCUUGCCAAACCGUUUUCAAGCUUCCAUCUCCGUCACCCCGAAUUCAGAACUCGUCCACCAUCCCAACACAGCGCUAAGGUGCCUGAUCAACCUAGCUAGAGCUUCAGAGCACUCCCCAUUCAACAUUGAGCUCUUCAAGGGGUCUCAUGUGGAAGACACGAAGACUUGCUCUACCCUCCGCCCGCUCCUCAAACACCCACAAAGUCCUACCGACCCCUCCGAUCCUCUUCCCCUGCGACCCUCUCGUACAAUCUUCAUCACAGACGACUCGAACGAGGCUGCCACGUUAGAUGGCAGAUGGUGGGUUCCGGUUCCAUCAGCCUGGAGCCGGGCAGUUUUAUCCUAGCCAGCAUACCACUCAUCGUAAUCAGAAUCGAGCCUCCUCGCCGUCCGGACGACGACCGUUCAGCAACGACACUCCCUCCCCGUCGCGAUCACCUGUGAACCCUGGUCUUGCCCAUAAUUUCAACAUGUUCUCUCAAAAUGGCUAUCAAGCUCAGCAUGGGUUGAUGAACGGGGCACAGAGUCAUCAACGGCAUCAAAAUAUACACAUUCCAAAAUAUCAGCCGCCAUAUCACACCCAUCACAACGUGAAUCAGCAUCAUGCGCAACAUCAUCAUGGGGGACAUUUAGGGCAUCAGCAUAAUAUCUCCUCCGGUGGCUACCAAUCGUCAACACCUCAUCUUCAAACAUACGCACACGAGCAUCUGCAAAACGGCAACGGCAAUGGACUGCCUCAUGAUGAUAUGGAGGACCCAGAUAAUCCCCAUUGGCGAGAACAAAAGGAAGUUUGGGAAGAAAGCAAGGAGCUCAACGGGCCUAACUCCCGGGCGCGUUCGGUUGCGCACCAAUCCAAGGGUGUGAACUUCGUGCCUUUAGGGGCCGCAGCGGAGGAACUUCAGACAGACAAUACACGCAGUAUCACCACCUCGAGCGGGACCACUGCGAGCAAGCAGACGUGGGACGAGCUCGAUCUGGGCGGCCAAGGCCUCUGUGCACUAUCUCCUGUGCUUUUCAAUCCUGCCUACCAUUUCUUGAAACGACUGGAUCUUGUAUAUAACCAAUUAGAGACCCUCCCGCCACAAAUCGGCCAGCUGAAGAACUUGGAGCAUCUGGACGUCUCCUUCAACCAACUCACCGAAUUACCGGAGGAAAUAGGGAUGCUGACGAAUCUGAAGAAACUACUACUGUUUAGCAACCAUAUUCAGACUCUCUGUUAUGAGCUCGGCUUUCUAUUCAAUCUGGAAGUGCUUGGUGUGUAUGGUAACCCACUGGAACCAGGGCAGCGCGACAAGAUCACCGAAGGCGGUACGAAGAAGCUAAUCGAGUAUUUGCGAGAGAGCAUGCCAGAACCUCCACCUCCGCGAGAAAGAGAAUGGCACCAGUUGGAAGAAGUUUCAGAUGACGCUGACACGAUAAAAGCAUUGAACUACAACAUUCUGUGCGCUCGCUAUGCUACGCAAUCGCAGUAUGGUUACGUCCCAGAGCGCGUCUUGACUUGGGGAUACCGCAAGACGUUGAUUCUGGAAGAGAUCCGCGAGACGAACGCCGAUAUAGUAUGUCUGCAAGAGUUGGAUCGCACCAGUUAUGACGAAUUCUUCCGAGCCGAACUUUCAAGAUCAGGGUACAAGGGCUACUACGCUCAGAAAAGUCGUGCGGAGACCUUGGGGGACAACGCCAAGUUCGUUGACGGCUGCGGUACAUUCUGGAAGGACAAGAAGUACGUCCUGCUGGAUAGUCAACAUCUCGUUCUCGGGCGAAAGGCGGUGGAGCGACCAGGCGCGAAAGCUUCUGCCGAUAUGUUGAACAGAGUCUGGCAGCGGGACGAUAUUGCGACCGUGGUAUUCCUGGAAAACCGUGUCACUGGAUCACGAGUCAUUGUCGUCAACGCUCACAUCUACUGGGAUCCCGCCUACAAAGACGUGAAGCUCAUUCAAGCAGCUGUGCUGAUGGAGGAGCUUUCCAAACUGGCAGACAGGUAUGCCAAAAUACCACCCGCAACGAACAAGCAAGCAUUCAGAUUUUCGGACUCCGAGGAUGAACCACUCCCUGAACCAGGACCAUCAUUAUCAUACCAAUCCGGUCCACAAAUACCCAUGAUAAUCUGUGGAGACUUCAACUCCGGGGCCGGCUCUGCUGUCUAUGACCUGUUCACGAAGAAGGGAUUGAUUGCGGAGCAUGUCGAUUUCCUCGGCAGAGACUAUGGUACCCUCUCUCGCGCCGGAAUGUCCCAUCAAUUCACCCUGAAGUCCUCCUAUGCGGCCAUUGACGAUGAGAUGCCUUUCACAAACUACACUCCAAACUUUGUCGACGUCUUGGAUUACAUCUGGUACUCGAGUAAUACGCUCAGAGUUGUUGGCCUCCUGGGCGCUAUCGACCCUGAAUACCUGAAGCGUGUCCCUGGGUUUCCCAACUUCCACUUUCCGAGCGACCAUAUUGCGAUCGUGGCCGAAUUCAAGGUUGAGAAGCAGAGGUCGGCGCAGAAGGCUGUGGAGGCUGAUUUUGGCCCCUCCAGCAAAGCGAAGUAGAAACCGGAGGUCCAACAGCAGCGACCAGACCACGAAUCCGUCAAUGCUAAUACUGGAACGAGCAAAGAACCGGAUGGGGAAUUUGACGUAGAAGAGCGACACUCGGAAGAAAAUUCAGGCGUCAGCGGCGCGAACAACAAGCCCCGGAGGCCAGCUGACCACGUCCAAGCGGAUUAAAGAACCCGGUACCACAAUUGUUCAACGCGUUCCCUUGAAGGCAAGGGCAAGCAUGUUCGGGUAUUCAGCCAUGGCGAAGGGUGGGCGCACGAUUCUAAAUGACGAGGACUUAAUUUACCGAUGCAGAGUGCUGGAGAAGGGGCGCCAGACGCCAGAUGAGGGUUGCGAUUGCAUGACACAUUGGGGAUAAACUCCUUGGGAGUGGAGUUUGGCCAUUCAAUUCAACAGUUCAGCGACUCCUCUCUGUGUGUCUCUUCCCCUUUCUGUUCUUCCUUGCCGUUGGUCUCUUUAUCGUGGCACAAAGAAUCUUGUAUCAGCAUCUUCGAAGGCUCGUGGAAUGGCGUUGCGUUGAGAGUGACUACCUAGUGUAUUGGAAAUGCAAAGGACGUUAUGAGGAAAUGGCAAUCUGCGGGAAGGGGCUUCAUGUGGUUCAGCCGGCUAUACAAGUACGCUGAGGCAUUGGAACGAAGUCUAAUGUGUGUUGGUGUCUUUUCGGUUGUGUCUUUGUAUGUAGAGAUAUGCGUCUUGUCCGCGAGUCAAUUGGAUCAAAUAUUGACAUGGGAUAACAAGCCGAUUAUAGCAGCGCAAUGAUUUUGCC